AUGACCGCGGCUGAAAACUCGACUGGUGAAUUCUGGCUCUUUGGCUACGGGAGCCUCAUAUGGAAGCCCCCGCCGCAUUUCGACCGGAGGAUCCCAGGCUGGGUGACGGGUUAUGUCCGACGCUUCUGGCAGGAACCCACGAUCCAAGAUCCAGUGGAUCAUCGGGGAACGCCAGAAGCCCCCGGGCGAGUUGUCACUCUCAUUGAACGCUCCCACUGGGAACAGCUCACGGAUCACCAUGACUCUGCCCCUGACAAAGUAUGGGGCGUAGCUUAUCGGAUUCACCCCGACCAUGUCAAAGAAGUCAAGGAAUAUCUCGAUAUCCGCGAGAUCAACGGCUACUCCAUCCACUACACGCCAUUCCACCCUGCCGAUGGCUCCCCGCCCAUCCAGACACUCGUUUACAUCGGCACACCCGAUAACGAGCAGUUUGUCGGCCCCCAAGACCCUCAGCAACUUGCCGAGCACAUCUUGCGUAGUCGUGGGCCCAGUGGCCUGAACAAGGAUUAUCUCUUUGGCCUGGACACGGCCUUGGCUGAGCUGUGCCCGGAGAGCGAGGAUGUCCACGUUAGCGAUCUCGCACGCCGAGUGAGGGCGCUUGAGCUCGCUGCCAACGGCUCUCCCAAGGCUCCCCCAGCCUCGCCUCCUCCCUCCAAUUUCAAACAGGAAAGCAGCACACGGGAAGCGGAGGAAAUCGAAAAGGUUGACUCAUAG